CGUGAAGGAGGCAGCCAUACGUCAGGUCAUGGAUGAAUUCGGGAUGUCGCUUGAUGCUCCUUCUGUUGCCUCUUCUUCGGCUGCGGGUGGGGCGGCCGCUAACAAGGGUUCUCCCGCAGGCGAAGAGGCAUCAAGCGACAUCGCAUGGGAACAGCGUCGUCGUCGUAUAGCAGAAAGCUUCGGCAGGGUCACACGCCUCAUAACGGAAAGCUUGGCCGACACGGACACCGAAAAGCCUCGGCAGGAGGGUCAACGCCUUCGAUUUCUUCUGAAAGAAAGAGAUAGUGAAAGCUUGGCCAGACUACACAUCAAGCGUCAAGCGGAGGCCCUGCAGGAGGCAGAACACCUAGAGCUAGAGUGUCGUCGCAGCCGCAUCAAGCGCCAACAGGAGCAGGAGGCCAUGAAAAACAUGUAUGCGAAGGUGGGCGAAGCUGAAGAACGCCUCCGGCUUGCUCCUUCUGUUGCCUCUUCUUCGGCUGCGGGUGGGGCGGCCACUAACAAGGGUCCUCCCGCUACAGGCGAAGCGGAGCAGCUUCGUCGAAUAGAAGAGCUUCGUCGAAAAGAAAGUCAAAUGUUGGACGACAGAACGUUUCUUCGAAAAGAAAUAGAAACUGAAAGAUUGGCCAGCCACAUCAAGCGCCUACAGCAGGAGCUGUGCAAACCUGUCGAACACCUCCGGCUUGAGCGUGAUGCUCCUUCUGUUGCC